AACAAAAUGUAUAGAACUUUAUCAUUUCAAAUGUCUUGGUUAUCAUCAUUUGAGAUUAAAGUCCAAUAUAUCCAAAAUAAGCAAAAAUCGAUAUGAAAAUCAAUGAUUAAAGUCAGUAAAAAUUAAGAAAUACUUUUUGUAUCGGCUUUCUUGCCAUUGACUUUGUGAUUGUCCUUUUUUUAUCGUUACCAAUCAUAAUAAUAAAAAAUGUCUAAAUCAAUCGACAAGAAUUUGAAAACAAUCGGUGAAUAUUUAUUCAAAAAUGGUCAAAUUUCAACUCGAUUAAAGGAUCAAAUUUUUCUGACUGAAGCAAAAUCAGGAAAACAAUUGAAAUAUGGUCAACUUGAAGAUCAAUCACAUUCAUUGGCCAUAGCAAUGCUUCGAGAAUUUGAUUUUCAAUCUAAUGAUAUCUGUGCCAUAAUGUCCGAAAGUUGUAUUGAAUAUACAAUCAUUAUUAAUGCUUGUCUAUUGUUGAAUGUUCCAUAUACAUCGGUAGCACCGGUAAUUGGUCCAUUUUUUAUUGGUGAACGAUUGGAUCAGACCAAAUCGAAAUGUUUAUUCAUUUCUAAUGAAUAUUAUUUUAAAUUAGAACAAAUGUAUCGACAAUCCAAAUGGCAACAUCUUCGUGAUUAUGUCAAGAUUGUUGUCAUCAAUUAUGAUCAAACAUUUGAUGAUGAUAAACAAUACAAUUCUACAACGAUAAAAUUUGAUGAAUUAAUUUCAAAAUUUAAAAAUGAAAAAAUAUCAACAAUACCUUAUUAUGGUAACAAUGAAUCAUCCAUCGAUGAUUUGGUUACAAUAAUAUUUACAUCUGGUUCAACUGGACGACCAAAAGGUGCUUGUCAUACACAUCGAACAUUAUUAACAAAUGUUAUUGAAAUGAAAUCUGUUGAAACAUUAGCGAAAUAUAGUCAUCAAACAAUGUUACUUACAUUUCCAUUGGGACAUGUUAGUGGAAAUUGUUUACUAUUUGUUGCACUUAUCUCUCAAACACCGAUUGUUUUAUUAAAUUAUAAUGAAAUGGAUCGAAUAUUUGAUGUGAUUGAAAAAUAUCGUUGUGUUCAGGUAUUUGGUUCAGCUAAUAUUGUUAAUUUGUUGGCAAAAAGUGAUUUGACUAGCCAUCGAGAUAUAUCAUCGGUAAAAAUGGUGCUAACAGCUGGUUGUAAAUUAUCGACAAGUACGGCAGAAAUUUUAGCAAAAAAGCAUGGAAUUCAAAUUUUAGAUGCUUAUGGUUGUACUGAAUGUCUUUAUAUAUCAAUCGGUGUGAGCAGUCAAAAUGUUGGAAAACCAUUGCCUUCUUUUCAAUUGAAAUUGAUCGAUAAUUUAACGAAAAAUGAAUUGACAAACUCUUCAUCGGAACAAUUGGGUGAAAUUUCUAUACGUGGUACAAGCCGUUUUCGUGAAUAUUAUGGCAGACCAGAUGAAACAAAAAAAGCUAUAGAUAAUGAUGGUUGGUUUCACACUGGUGAUGUUGGAUUCAUCGAUAAUAAUGGCUGUCUUCAUAUUACCGAUCGAAUUAAAGAGAUUAUUAAAUAUAAAGGUUGGUCAGUGUUUCCAGCGGAAAUUGAAUUAUUUCUCAUGACACAUGAUGAUGUUAUCGGUGUUGUUGUUGUUGGUGUUAAACACAAUGAAUACAACGAGAUUCCAAGAGCAUAUGUUACGGUAAAAUCAGAAUCAUCGAUAACUGUGGAACAAUUACAACAAUAUGUUAAUGAUAAUCUUGGCUAUCAUCAACGAUUAAUUGGUGGUCUUUUGAUUGUAGAUCAAUUACAUUAUAAUCAAAUGGGUAAAAUUGAUCGACGUUUUUAUAAAGAUUUAUGUGCCAAUGAAAUUCUGGACAAUAAUGAUUGAAAUUGAGUUUAAUUAUUCGAAUAAACACUAUUUGAAAAUUGAA